AGGGGCAAAUCACUCAGUGGGGAUCAGUCUAACAAAUAACCUUGCUUAAAGCCUGUAAACCCUUUGCCAACGAACCCCGAGUCAACUAAUGAGUUCAGUUACAACCCCAUAGCUCCAGUGACUGCGCUAUCGAACUUAUACCAGGUGCUACUCUCUCUUUUUCCCUUGUCACAACCCGAAUCAGAGGCCAUGGAGGAUUAUAUCGAAGAAGAACUGAGAAAAGGUUUAAUCAGACCCUCUAGCUCUCCUGCUUCAGCCGGUUUCUUUUUUGUCAAGAAAAUGGAUGGCAGCCUCAGGCAUUGCAUUGACUAUUGUUGACUAAAUGAUAUUACUGUCAAAUGUCAUUAUCCCUUACCUUUAGUUCCUGCAGCAUUAAAACAACUUCGACAGGCAAAGUACUUCACCAAGCUCGACCUCCAAAGUGCCUACAACUUAAUAAGCAUCAAGGAGGGUGACGAAUGGAAAACCACUUUCUCAACGUCUACUGGUCACUAUGAAUACUUCGUCAUGCCCUUACAUAUCCAACAUGUAAGAUCCAUUCUCAAACAUCUCAAUCAAUAUCAACUCUAUGCCAAAGCAGAGAAAUGGAAGUUCCAUCACACAUCUACACCUUUCCUUGGAUAUAUCAUCAGUCAAUAAUGAGUCGCUAUGGAUGAAACUAAAGUGAAGGCAGUGUUGGACUGGCCCUGACCACACACACUCAAAGAGUUACAACGAUUUCUGGGGUUUGCCAAUUUCUUUAAAAUAUUUAUUCAGCACUGUGGCAGCACCUUUAACUGCCAUGACUAAACGUUCAACUUCACAUCUCCCUUGGUCUUGUGAGGCUCAGCUAGCAUUAGAUGAGCUUAAAACACGCUUCACCUCUGCUUCUAUAUUGCAUCAUCCAGAUCCAGAACUUCCAUUUAUCAUAGAAGUAGAUGCAUUGAAUACUGGCAUAAGAGCAAUCCUCUCUCAACGACACGGAUACCCAGCUAAAUUGUUUCCCUGUGCUUUCUUUUCUAGAAAGUUGUAGUCAGCAGAGAAAAAAUUAAGAUGUGGGAAAUUGUGAACUCUUGGCCAUGAAAUUAGCACUGGAAGAGUGGAAACAUUGGUUGGAGGGGGCUAAACAUCCAUUAUUAUAGAUCAUUAUAGAUCACAAGAAUUUAGGGUACAUACGCUCAGCCAAACGCCUCAACCUUCGACAAACCAGGUGGGCCCUGUUCUUUACUCAAAUGAACUUUGUCAUCACUUACAGACCUGGAUCUAAAAAUACCAAGGCUGAUGCACUUUCAUGCCAAACUGAUGAAUCACCCAAAUCCGACCAGGCAGAAGAAAUCAUACCCGAAGCUCUUCUAGUCACACCGGUUCAGUGGGAUAUCAUAACAGAGAUUAAUCAAAUCAACAGCCAAAGCCAGUUACCAUCCGAAUGCCCUCUCAAUCGAAAAUUUGUGCCUGAAACCUUGAGAGAUAGACUACUCCAGCACGUUCACUCUGACCCUAGUUCCCGGCACCCAGGUAUUACAGCCACACUCCAUCUCCUCUCUCACCGGUUCUGGUGGCCCACAAUGUCCACAUAUACCACUAAAUUUGUGAAGGAAUGUCAUAUAUGCAACACUUCUAAAACCCCAUGUCAACUGCCUGCAGGACUACUACAACCUCUACCGACGCCACAACGACCUUGGUCCCAUAUUUCCAUUGAUUUCAUUACUGGUCUCUCUAAUUCCCAAGACUGUCAUACUUACCAUCAUUGACCGCUUUUCUAAGGGAUGUAGACUAAUACCUCUGCCAAAGCUGCCCAGUGCUAUAGAAACUGCUUUAAUUCUGUGUGACUGUCUUUCGUUUUUAUGAUAUACCAGAGGAUAUAGUUUCAGAUAGGGGUCCCCAAUUUACAUCCAGAGUCUGGGCUGCUUUUUUUAAACAACUGAACGUAACAUCAGCCUCACGUCAGGAUACCAUCCCCAAUCCAAUGGUCAGACUGAACGCUUAAACCAAUAACUCACACGUUUCCUCAGAUCUUACUGUCAAUACAACCAAUCCGAUUGGAGCAAAUAUUUAUUAUAGGCUGAGUACGCACAAAACUCCCCACAGAAACCAGCUACCGGUCUAACCACGUUCAAGUGCAUUUUGGCCUAUCAACCACCUAUGUUUCCCUGGUCAGAAGAACCAUCUGAUGUCCCAUCGGUGAAUGAAUGGUGUCAACGCAGCGAGGAGGUAUGGGAGACAGUUCAUGUUCACCUACUACGUGCUGUUCGCAGACGACAAGCCAACCGUCAUCGCCGUCCCAACCCAGCAUAUACUCCAGGACAGUGGGUUUGGUUAUCCACUAGGGACAUCCGUCUAUGACUCACCUGCAGGAAACUCAGUCCCAGGUUUGUGGGUCCUUUCAAAAUUCUCAAACAUAUUACUCCAGUGUCAUUCCGUCUAGAUUUACCCACUAAUUAUCGUAUUUUUCCUACCUUUCAUGUUUCCUUGCUUAAACCCACUGUUGGCCCUGGAGGAGAGUUGGAGUGGAUAACCGAGACACAGAACUCCACCUCUACUCAUCAGUGGCGAGGAGGCUUACUUGGUCCGGGAGUUACUCGACUCCAGACCGGUGGAGAAACAUGGAUGCUACACCAAUCUCCUGGCCCCCUCCUAUGAGGGCUAUCGGAGCUCAGAAUCUGCUCACCAUGCCAGGAGGAGUGACCACGUCUGGAUAUCUGCACAAGAAAGGGGGCAGCCAGUUCAGCCUGAUGAAAUGGCCUCUUCGGUUCAUCAUAAUCCAUAAAGGCUGUGUGUACUAUUUCAAGAGUAGUACUUCAGCCACACCACAGGGAGCAUUCUCUCUCAAUGGCUACAACAGAGUUUUACGGGCAGCAGAAGAGACAACAUCUAGCAAUGUUUUUCCUUUCAAGAUUGUGCACUUCAGUAAGAGACAUCGUACAUGGUAUUUUUCAGCAGCGAGUGAGGACGAGAGAAGGAAAUGGAUGCGACACUUAAGAAAAGAAAUAGACCAUUAUAAUGAUAAAAGAGAAUUGCAGAUUCCAAGUGACGAUUUAGAUGCCGAGAGUAUCUAUGGUCCUUUAGAAGAACCUGUGGAAAUCAGUCAUUUUGAAGAUAACGAUGAACCAGAUUAUAUGACACAAGAUGAAGACAGUGAUGGAGAAGACAACCUCAAAGAAGAUGAACCACCAGUGCCACUAGGUCGACCCAUGGUUCCACCUCCACCCUAUCCCCCACCUCCAGUUCCUCACCUUUCUAGAGAAAACCAUCUAACGAAGGGACUACCACCUCCACUUCCCUCACCAUUUAAAAAACCUCCUCCCUGCAUACCUACAAACAAGGGCCCACCUCCACCACUACCAUUUGCUCCGCAUCUACAGAAAUCAGAUGUGCAUCCACCAUCCAGAGGUCCUAGGGGUCCUAUGCCUCCAUUACCUCCCCUGCCUGGCUCCUUUUCCACAAUCCCUAUUUCCGAGAAGAAGCCAAAUACCGCUCUUACUGGUUAUACCUCUGCUACUUUACCUGUGGUUGACAACUUGCAGAAAGUCAUUUUAAACCCUGGAAUUAAAUCACCCACUUCUUGCUUGGGGGGAAGGUCCACAACAGAGAACAAGCUAAUGUCACCUCACCUAUCUUCUCCUUUGGGUAACAAGACUCAGGUGGCCCAGAUACCAAAGCCUCCAUUACCAACCAAACCAAAACCCAGUAGGCCCUCGUUACAAAGAGAAUCACCAGAUGGACAAAGUUUUCGUUCCUCUUUGGAAGAGAACCCUUUAAGAAAGAGAGCACCUCAGAAAAAUGAUGAUUCAGAUUAUGAAGACUAUGAAAAUGUGCAAUUACCUUCAUCUGUCUUUGUGGACUCCACAGAAACCAGCAAUGUUGAGAAAUUAUUUAAAGAGACAUACAGUUCUCCAAAGAAUGGCCUUUAUUGCAUCCGAAAAUCUGGAACAGGAAAAACAUCACAGGUGUUGGUUGUUUGGGACACGAGUAUAAAUAAAGCCAGAAACUACAGGCUCUUUGAGGAGGACCAGAGGGUGUACCUGGAGACAGAUCUGACUUUCUCAACAUUAGCUGCUCUCGUUGAGCACUACUAUAUUAACCCACUGCCCAGCAGCAGCAACCACUUGCCCAUCAACUCUUUGUGCUUACAGAUACCUUAUGGCUACAGCCCACCUAGGUGACAUCUGCCUUCUUUACCUGCUAAAACACCCACAUGCACUGUUCAAGUUUAGGUUUGGGGCUCUGUAAUGUUCUGUAAAAAUGCAGAUUUCUCCAUCUGCUGGUUAUAAAUACAUGUAUCAAUUUUCCCAUUUUGUGAAUAACCUGAAUAAACAAAUACAGUAAAAGUCACUGAUAUUGAUGGAAGGAAGAAAAAUAAUGCAGUGAAUUGACGAGAAUUUUGAAAAUAAUUUAGAUAAGUAUUGAAAUCAUUUAGGUCUUAUGACUAUUCAGGGAACUUCAUAUUUACUGUAAGUUUGAAUUCAGACUACUGAAAUUAAGUAGUGAGUGAAUGAGUGAAUUUAAUGAAAUCUUGUCAACACACAUGCAUGUGAUUGUCAUGUCAGUUUAUCUUUGUUAUGAAUGUUACACAUUAAUAUAUCUGAUUUGGCCAUCAUGUAGAAACCACAAAACGCUACAUUACUGAAAAUAACUUUGCUAAUUGUUUGCAAAACAAUAACAUUAUGAAUGUUAUUUCAUUGUUUCCAAUAUUGUAUAGAUUUUGUUUGUACAUAUUAUACAUAAUUUGUUUAUAACACUCUGGAAUUCCAUGAAUGAAAAUAAAAAAAACAUUUUCUGCA